AAAUUUUCUUUGUCCCGCCUGUUUUUGUUGUGUAAUUAUUAUAUGAUCGUUGUGUGGUAAAAUUUGGGCCAUUUUAAAGGAUUACCCACGCGCAGAAAAUAAGGAAAUCAGAAAGGCGAUUUUUUGCUCCCAAAUUCCAAGUCAUUGUAUUGAAAAAUCGUUUUUCAAACCGAAAAGAAAAAAUGAGGGUAACUUGGAUGGUGGUUUGCGUUGUAUUUUUUCUUAGCCAAAUGUGCCCGGCAACCGCUGUACAUAAUAUUACAGAAGCACUGGCCGCACUCGCGCCAGUCUCCAUAGAAGACCCAGAAACGGAGAUAGUGUCAUCAAAGGACGAUUCUGGAACAAAUUUGUUGCUCAGAAACAUUGCGAGAAAAGUGGAUAAUCAAUACUGGCUGGUGGCCAUUCUAGUGACUCUUGGCUAUCGUUUGCAGUUCUGAUGCACGCUAACAUGAAUUCCAGUGAAUUUGAACAGAAUUACUGAUAAUAAACUGUAUAUAGAAAGUUUAGCCUCGCCUGCCUCGGUAAAAACGAAGUUUGAAUUAACGAACUUCCAGCGUACCUAUUCUUAAAUUAACAUGACUCUAAAAUGAACUUAUUUGAAGUGUUUAAAGGAACGACCAUCUAAUUGCGGGCGCAUAAAAAACUUUUCACAAAAUGGCGACCGUUUUAAAGGGAAGAGUUGUUUGUAAUUUUUUAUUUCGAAAUUUUCCGAGGGUAGUUUCCCGACCGGCUUUAGUAAAUUAUAGCACUGAGGUCGAGGCAGAUGUAGAAAAAAAGAAUAAGGAAUUAAAAGUAAUUUAUAACGUGGAAGAUCCACAACUGGCUAUCCUCAGUGGUGUUCCAGAGGAACAAUUGAAAACAAGAAAAGUUCAGAUAUUCUCACCUGCACAAAAUGCCAUGCAGUCCGGAUCAUUCAAUACCAGACUUUGGAGACUUGAGUUCAACACUCAAGAUCGCUGGGAGAACCCACUGAUGGGCUGGGCCUCAAGUGCUGAUCCUUUAUCAAAUAUGGUGGUGGAAUUUGGAUCAAAAGAAGAAGCCAUUAAUUACGUUGAGCGACAAGGUUGGGACUACGAAGUGGAGGAAAAGAAAGAACCAAAGACGAGGGAGAAAUCUUACGGUGCGAACUUUUCCUGGUCAAAGCGGACAAGAGUUUCAACGAAAUAAUAUUAAGACGAACUUUAGAUUUACCCAGCUUUGACAUCAAGUUGUUUAUUAUAUUGUAAAUGUCUAGUCUUGUAACAAAGUUUUCACUGGAAAGUUUUUUUGUCUGUUAUUGAAAGGAUUUGACGC